AAAAAAAAUAAAAAUAAAAAGUAUUUUGUUAUGGUUACUUAAGAACCUUGGUUUCUCCGUCUUUGUUGGAGAAAACAUGUAACCAACUUUACCUACUCAUUUUUAAUAAUACUCCUCCUCCUUCUUCUUCUUCCAAUUGCUGUGUUGAGCCUGCCACGUCACCGUGAAUCUGAUGUAGCAGAUCUUUGGCGGUGCUCGCAAAACAGGGAAAAUUUUUGAGCAGCCACAUUUGAGAAUUUUGCCAGCUUUAAGGAGAAGUCAAGGUUUUGCUUUAAAGGCUUCUAUGGGGUCUCCAGGAUUUACACAACAACUUAAUAAAAGCAAGCUAGAGACCUUAUCUAAAGCUGAAGACAGAUGUGAUAUAUUUGAUAUUCUGAAAAAUAGAUUUUUAAGUUUUAAGAGUAAAUAUAUUGAAAAUGUUGAACAGUUUGAAAAUCUUGCUAAGGCUCAAGCACCAAAGUUCAUGGUUAUUGCCUGUGCAGAUUCCAGGGUUUGCCCCUCGAAUAUUUUGGGAUUUCAACCAGGAGAAGCAUUCGUGAUUCGCAAUGUUGCUAAUUUGGUUCCCACCUUUGAGAGUGGACCCUCAGAAGUAAAUGCUGCAUUAGAGUUUGCUGUAAACACUCUUCAAGUUGAAAACAUCUUAGUCAUUGGCCACAGCUGCUGUGGAGGUAUACGAGCUCUUAUGAGUAUGGAAGACGAUGCCAAUGGAAGCUUUAUACACAAUUGGGUUAUUGUUGGGAAGAAUGCAAGAAAGAAAACUGAGGCUGCAGCUUCCACCCUCAGCUUUGAUGACAAGUGCAGGCAUUGUGAAAAGGAAUCAAUUAAUCACUCCUUAGUGAACCUACUAACUUAUCCAUGGAUAGAAGAAAAGGUGGCCAAUGGAAAACUUUAUGUUCAUGGUGGCUAUUAUGACUUCAUUAAAUGUUCAUUUGAGAAAUGGACAUUGGAUUACCAGGGAACCAAACUGGAGGAAGAUGGCAGAAUUGCUGCUAAACACAAAGUAUUGUGGUGCUGAGAUUUUACACCUAUUUUCCCUGUGGAAUGUAUUCUUAUUUAUUGUCUUGAGUUUGUAUUAUUAGCAAUUUAAAAGCAUAGGCUAUGCAUUUGAUUACAAUUCAUAAAAUAUUGUAUUUUAAGUAGUUAGAACUUAUAAGAGACCCAUGGACCAUUGCAAAUCACGUGAAAGUUUAUCUGUGCAUUCUAAAUAAAGUCAUUAUCAGCCUUGGCCAUGUGAAGCAGUGAUGGAAUUUUUCUUAUUCACACAUUGCUGUCUGUUGAAGCUAAAUUCCUAAGAAGUUAUAUGCUUAUAUUUGUUGU